AAUUAUUCUGCAAUUAAUCGUCAAUAAUUGCGACUUUAAAUAACGUUAAAAUAAGUAGGUAGAUACGUUCGUGUGAGUGCGACCGUGACGCUUAGGUCUCUACAUUUUGGGCAAAGUUUAAAGGUAAUCGGGACAUUUUUUUACCAGCUUCGCUUCGAAAACGUCUCGACGGAGAUUAUUAUUAAAGUUUUUUCGAGAGCCGCGAGGAACCAGUGAGCUAUACAUUUAUUGAGACGCUAAUCUAUCGAGCCCAGUUUUUAGAAUCGACGUACAAUGAACAAAUUCCUGGAUGUCAACGAGCUUUACAAAAGGGACGCUAAGCUCAAAAAAGAAGAUGUCGGUAUAAUCAUGGACUGGGCCGAGAAGCAAAGGCACCUGCCCAAAAUAACAGAGCUGCAAGCGACUUUGGCCCUCCACAGCUGUUUCUACAGGGUCGAAGCGGCCAAAAAUUGUUUGGACAGUUACUUCACGAUCCGGACGCACUGUCCAGAAAUUUUCGCCAAUUCCAAUCCGCAAAAAAAUCCGCCAUUAAAAACCAACAUGAACAUUUCAUUUUUGUCGGUGUUGCCUGAAGUGUCCCCCGAGGGGUACACGAUUUUUAUUACGAGGUUAAUGGACACGAAUCCGGAGAAUUACAGCCCAGUGAUGGGGCACAAAAUUUUCGAUAUGGUCGCGCUCUUGCAGCAGCACACCAAGGGCCCCACCAACGGCAUCAUGGUAAUCAUGGACAUGAAAGGGGGAGUGUUUGGGCACGUGACAAAGAUCAACCUGUCGGAUUUUAAAAAAUUCAUGGUCUACUUGCAGACCGCAAUGCCGAUUAGGCUGAUGGCCAUACAUUUCAUUAACGUGGUGCCAUUUAUGGAUAAAAUAUUAACCCUAAUCAAGCCACUGAUUAAUAAAGAAUUAUUUGAAAAGCUGCACAUCCACUCGAAUAAUGAUAACCUGUACAAUUUUAUUCCUAGAGAGUGUAUGCCUUCUGAUUACGGGGGCAAAGGCGAACCCCUGGCAGUUUUAAACGAAAAAUAUAAACAAUCCAUUUAUGACAACCAAUGGUUCUUCGAUUUCCAAGACUCCAUGCUCGUGGACGAAUCCAAGCGAAGCGGGCCGAGAAAAAAUGCCGACAAUUUGUUCGGUUUCGAUGGAACUUUCAAAAAACUAGAAGUCGAUUGAAAAGAUUGCAUUAAUUUUAAUAAAUAAAUUGUUGAAAAUAA